AUGGAAACGUCUGAAAUAAUAGAAACCAGUCGAUUUCCGCCGCCUGUCGGCGGCUACAAUGUCCUGGUCUCACUUAAAACGUUUGAAUCUCAAAACCGGAAAGAAAUAGAAGAUGAAGCCAAGAAGAAGCAAGACCGGCCCCUGAAUCAAACUCCAUCGCAAAUCAAAGCCAAUAUCGGGCAGCCAGCUGGAGAACCAAAACCGGCUACAAAUCAAACGACACCUGCAAAAAAUGAAACUCCGAAUAAGGAUGAUGACGAUGAUGAUGUAAAGUUCAACAUUAAUAUCAAGAAGCCAGAAGAAAAGAAAGAUGAAUUUGAUGAUGAUGAAGAAAAUCCAUUAGCAAAAAUCACAAUGAAACCAAGAAAUAAGAAUGGUCCGGGAAAGAAGGUAGCUGCGGGUGGACAACCAAAACCAGCUGAGAAGAAUCCCGGAAAAGCAAUGAAAACCAAAGAAGAAGUUGGUCCGGAACGCCCAUUUUUGGCACCCAAUGAGAAGCAAUACGGGGUUUCGUGCUAUCAAUUUGAACCAUCUCAACAACAAGCCGCCGCCGCCGCAGCCCCUCCAAAAAAAGUUCCAAUGCAAAAGUCAACUGAUGGACCUCGUACUGCAGCCACACGUACAAUUGCAACGGCCCCAACACAACACACUGCUCCAUCAGCUGCUCCUUCGGCUACUCUUCUAAGUGCUACCACUCCAAUUCCACAAGUUUCGAUUAUCCCGAUAGCAGAUACAAACACAAAGAGUACUAUAAGCCUGACGGGUAAAAAUAAACCGAAAACUGUUGAACAAGAACGUACCAACAACGAUAACGCAGUUGAGAAAACCCAAAAAGAUGGUGGUGAUGGCAACUAG